AUGAAGUUCCUCACCAACAUGCUGCUCCUCGGCGCCCUGGCCACCUCUGUCCUCGCCAACGCCAUCCCCGACGUCGCGGAGGAGGCCAAGCAGACUGCCGAAGUGGCCAACGACCAGGCCCAUUCGAGCGCCGACGAGGCCCCCGGAACCCUUGCCGAGGCCGCCCGAAAGCGGUGCGCCGGUUUCUGCGGCCCGCACGGCUGCCACUGCUCCCGGCCCAUCCGUGUCUGCCCGUGCCGCUCCAUCGGCCGUCCCUGCGUCUGCAGGUAA